AUGGCCACCAACCGCUGCCAGCAGAUCUUGAUGGCUGCCGAUAACGACAUCACUGUUGCCGUAUACAAUAUUUUCUGCGAAUGCCAGAUCGACGAAGACAUCAAAGCCCAGGACUGGGAUGACCUAAUCGCCGGCUUGAGCGAAAAAGACAAGAAGAGUUUGGACGGCGUAGUCGGAAACUUGACACCGGCGUGGAUGGACAGUGCACCUUGUGCAAAUCUGGUGGCCUAA